AUGGCCGUCGACACGAGCUACCUGACCAGUCAGGUUAACAACAUUGUCGAGCAGCUCCAUGGCAUCUUUGAUGAGAUUGGAGUUCCCGCCCGCGAGCGCGACUCUCGCGAAGCAGAGCUCUUCAGCGCUCUGUCAGAGACUUUGAAUAAUCAUCUCAAGCUCGUUGAUGAAGAAAAAGAAGAAAUGACACAAGAGGCUCAGCGCCUGAUUACAACAAUACAACAAAUGGAGGCGUCACUAGGCGACGAAAGGGCCAAUGGCCAAUAUGAGCUUAACCGCGCCGACCUCAAGGUGACCUACCCCCUCAAUCGCUGUAUCGCCUUCCUGCGCGAGAAAAACGAUGCGAUGAGCCGCCUCCACCGUGAGCGCUUCGAGCAAGUCAAGAAACUUGUUGACGCUCUCGAAUCCUACUCAUCCCACCUCGAAGCUUCGUUCCUCACUAUUGAACUGCCUCCCACAGCCCCGGGGUCGACCAUUCCUCCCAGUUUCGAUCUUUCUCCCGAAUAUGUCACUGCCCUUGAUUCCGAAUUUAGCAGAGUCUACGAAGAGUACCACCGCCGCGUUUCAUUCGUCCAGACCACUUCUGAGGAGAUUAUCAAGAUGUGGGCUGAACUUGGAACUCCGCAGGUUCAAACCGAUUCCAACAUUGUUCAGAAUUAUCGCGAAUCUCCUGAGCAGCUAGGACUACACGAAGCCGAUCUUGCCAACCUGAUGGCAAAGCGCGACAAAUUGGUGGAGGAGAAGAAGGGACGUGAGCGCAAGAUCAAAGAGCUCCGCGCCAAUGUUGAGAGCCUCUGGGAGCGCUUCGGCGUCGAAGAGGCUGACCGCAAAGCCUUCCUUGCGGCAAACCGUGGCUGCGGUAUGCGCACAAUCAACGAAUUUGAGGAGGAGCUUGCACGUCUCAACGAAUUGAAGAAACAGAACAUGCACCUGUUUGUUGAGGACGCUCGCUGCCGUCUGCAGGAGCUUUGGGACACUCUCUACUUCUCCGAGGAAGAAAUGCUUGAUUUCACACCUGCUUUCUCAGAUGUGUGUAGUGACGCGCUGCUUGAGGCUCAUGAGGCCGAGAUCUCGCGCCUAGAAACGCUCAAGGAGCAGCGCGCCCCUACCCUGGAAUUGAUAGAGAAGCACCGCGGUCUGCUGGCGGACCGUGAGGCUCUGUCCUCUUCUAGCCAGGAUGCCUCCCGCCUUAUGGGCCGUGGCAACAAGGGUGAGAAGCGAGACCCUGAAGUGGAGCUCCGCAAAGAGCUAGAGCAUUGGGAAGACGAAUUCGGUCGACCAUUCCUCGUCCACGGUGAACGUUAUCUUGACAGCUUGACUCCUACGACCACAAGACCUCCACCUCGCUCCAAGACUCCCUCUGCGCCUCCCUCUACGUCCAAGAUUGGCUCCAUCCGUCAGCAGCCUCCGCCUCGUCCUGGCAGCUCUAUGCAGGGCCCUCGCCCCGCGAAGCACAACACUAUCGGAUAUGGUGCGAGUCGAUCAGGAGCGAAGUCACCCUCCAAGCUCCCGGCUCGUGCUCCAUUGAGCAACUUGCCUCAAGGAGGCAACUCACCUGAGCGUCGUACUGGACCUGGAUCCUACUCAUCCAGUACUAUCAACGGAAAGAUGCCCCCGCCUCGUGGACCACCUCCGCGGAUGCGCGCCUUGACUGUUGAGUCCAAGGAACGCAACAGCUACCUGUCGGAGCCGCCUCGUUGUAAUAGCGCUAUGUCGACGGCCUUUGUUCGUCCAGUGAGCCCUGAAGAUGUCUACGAUGACCGCCAACGGUCCUUUAUGAGUGCCUCUGUCAUGGGCCACUCACGACCAAAUAAGCUUUCCUCUCAUUCUUCGCAUUCUUCCAUGUCCUCCCUCAACUCGUCGCUCAACUCCUCGAUGCAGGCGUACCCAAGAAUGAAUCCUUAUCUUAACUCAGCACCGCCUCCCCCAGCUCUCCGUCAAACUUCGAACUCCACUACCACAACCACAGUGUCCGGAUCUGAGAACUGGGAGACCUUCGACGAUGCAUCUGAUGAUGAGCAUGAUGCUAGCGAUAUCUACUAUUCCAAGCUGCGGGCUGCACAAGGCAAGCGAUUUGCUCCCGACGACAGCAUGGAUAUGACCGGCAAGAAGUCCAAGGGCAUCCGAAGCGUCAGCCCCGAGGGUCCUCAUCCUGGCCAGACUCUCCGAGUUGCAGGUAGCGACAACGAGUGGACUGAUGAAUAUGAGACCUAUUAA